CGAAGAGAACACCCAAGCAGUCGAACAGGAUGAUUCGCUUCAUCUUGAUCCUGGCGGUGGCGCUUGGUAGCCGCAUCGCUCUCGCUCAGUACUACCAUUCUUUCCAGUACAAUCAGUACCGGACCACCGAAUCGAUUGCGUCCCAAAUCCGGAAUCUGACCAAAACAUGGACCGCCGGUAACAACACCUUACCGCCAUCGGCUUACUACAAGGGAGUCCUGUACGAUCGUCUCGGUGAUACGCGCUUGGCUCCGGCAAUCCUUGUCAGUUCCGAUGAAGUCGAACUGCCGAAAUCUUUCGACGCCCGCCAGAAAUGGACUCAGUGUCCCAGCUUGAACGUGGUUCGUAAUCAGGGAUGUUGUGGAUCGUGCUGGGCCAUUUCGGCCGCUUCGGCAAUGACCGAUCGUUGGUGCAUCAAAUCGAAGGGUAGGGAACAGUUCUCGUUCGGAGCAACCGAUAUGUUGGCGUGCUGCCAUGCUUGCGGAGACGGAUGCAAGGGCGGAUACUUGGGUCCUGCAUGGCAAUUCUGGGUCGACCAGGGUGUGUCCUCGGGAGGUCCGUUCCAUUCUCGCCAGGGAUGCCAUCCCUACCUGAUCGAUGUGUGCGACGCAUCCGGUGAGGAGCCUGAUACUCCAAAGUGCUCGAAAAAGUGUCAACCGGGUUACAACGUGACCGAUGUUUGGCAGGAUCGUCGUUACGGUCGGGUUGCCUACUCGGUUCCGGCUGACGAGCAGAAGAUUAUGGAGGAGAUUUACAUGAACGGUCCGGUUCAGGCUGCCUUCAUGACCUACCAGGACUUCCACGCGUACAAAAGUGGAGUGUAUCGGCACGUGUGGGGCCAUUUGGCCGGUGGUCAUGCCGUCAAGCUGAUGGGAUGGGGCGUGGAGAACGGUGUCAAGUACUGGCUGGUGGCCAACUCCUGGGGCGAGGAUUGGGGUGACAAUGGAUUCUUCAAGAUUGUCCGAGGAGAGAACCAUUGCGGAAUCGAAAGGGACGUCCACGCUGGACUGCCGAGCUUCAACAAGCAUUUAGAUUUGGAGGGCGUCUAUUUCUGAUUCAUCAUACGAGUGCGGCAACAAAAUGUGAUUGCAAUAAAAAGAUU